AUGGCGCCAGAUCUCAAUGCCAUUGCCGCAGGUGAGAAAUUCGACUAUUCCCAACCAGGGUCGUCCGGCUACUCCAUCAAUCAGAACUAUACGUACAAUGAUCCGAACAACAGAAAGAUCAAGAUCCUCACAAUCGGAGCCGGCGUCAGCGGCAUUUUGAUGGCAUACCGCAUCCAGAAGGACGCACAGAAUGUCGAGCACGUCGUCUACGAGAAAAAUCAAGAUAUUGGAGGCACAUGGCUAGAGAACAGAUACCCAGGAUGUGCGUGCGACAUUCCAAGUCAUGCCUAUUCCUACCAGUUCGCGCUCAACCCCGACUGGCCUCGAUUCUUUUCCUAUGCUCCUGACAUCUGGAAGUAUCUUGACAAAGUCUGCAACACUUUCGAUCUGCGGAAGUACAUGACAUUCAACACAGAAGUCAUCGGAGCCUACUGGAAUGAAGAGGAUGGAGAAUGGACCGUCAAGCUCCGGCAGACUGCACCAGGACAGCAGCCAAGAGAAUUUGAAGAGACAUGCCACCUCUUGCUGCACGGCACUGGCAUUCUGAACAAUUUCAAGUGGCCCGACAUUCCAGGCUUGAAGGACAAGUUCAAAGGCAAAGUCAUGCAUACCGCUCGCUGGCCGCACGACUAUCAAGCCGAGCAGUGGAAGGACGAUCGCGUGGCAGUAAUCGGUUCUGGAGCGUCGUCUAUUCAGACCGUCCCGACCAUGCAGCCCCACGCGAAGCAUCUUGACGUCUUCGUUCGCACGGGAGUCUGGUUCGUUCAGAUCGCUAACAACUUCGGACAGAACAAGGAGUAUGACCAGGCCGAGAGGGACGAGUUCAGAAACAACCCCAAAGCACUCGUAGCGCAUGCCAAGGAUAUCGAAGAUCAGGUCAACGGUCUUUGGGGCACCUUCUACUCUGGCAGUGAGACGCAGAAGAUGGCCACGGAAAUGUUCCGACAAAGAAUGAGCGAAUUCAUCAAGGAUAAGAGGCUUCUGGAAGGCUUUACUCCCAACUUCGGACUUGGUUGUAGGCGUGUCACGCCCGGCGAUCCUUACAUGCUUGCGAUUCAAGAGCCGAAUGUCGACGUGCAUUUCACCGCUGUUAAGGAAUGUACUGAAGACGGUGUCAUUGGUGAAGACGGACAGGAGAGGAAAGUCGAUACAAUCGUCUGCGCCACAGGCUUCGACGUCUCAUAUCGUCCAAGAUUCCCAAUCGUGGGUAAAGGAGGAAUAGACCUGAAGGACAAAUGGUCCAAAUGCCCCGAAUCCUACCUAGGCCUCGCCAUCCCGGAUUUCCCCAACUUCCUCACCUUCAUCGGCCCAACCUGGCCGGUGGAAAACGGCUCCGUGAUCGGCCCCCUCCACACCGUCUCCUCCUACGCCCUCCAAAUCAUCAAAAAAAUGCAAAACGAAAACAUAAAAUCCUGGAGCCCGAAACAAGACAUCACCGAUCACUUCAACGCCCACGUGCAAGAAUGGAUCAAACACACCGUGUGGAAAGACGAUUGCCGAAGUUGGUACAAAAACAACGAAACCGGUCGCGUGAAUGCCGUGUGGCCGGGGAGUUCGAUGCAUUAUCAGCAGGUGAUUGAGCAUGUGAGGUGGGAGGAUAUGGAGAUUGGGAGGUGGGGAGGGCCAGGGAAGAAUUUUUGGGAGUUUUUGGGCAUGGGGUGGACGGUGGAGAAUCGGAGGGGGGUGAGGAGUGAACAGAAUCCUGGGGGCGCGGAUUGUAGUCCGUAUUUGUGUUUGGAGCAUUUGGAUCCGAAGUGGGUUUUGGCGAGUGGGGGGAGUGAGGAGGUUUUGAGGCAGCAGAUUGAGGAGGAGAGGAGGAGGGGGAAGGGGAGUCGGCUUGUGGAAUGAAAGCGGGGAUGUGGUGUGGUUGUACUGGUAUCAAUGUUGGCCCUGAUCAAUUCGGAUGAGCUGAUGAUGGCAUGCUAGUCUCUAAAUC